GAUUAUCCAGACGAACGAGAGGUUGAAGACAUGGAUACCUCCUCAUCCCCCAUGGAAGUAGACAUUGCGACGGAGACCCCUGAACCUGAAGUUAUCACUAUAAAGGAGGAGCAAAUCGAGGCAUGUGAGCUGCUUGAUGAGGAGGUUGAAAAGGAACAGGAAGAAGAAGAAGAAGAAGAUGAGGAAGAAGAGGAAGAAGAGGAGCAACAAUUCACCGAGACUGAGAAACAGAUUCAAGACAUCAUGGAAGAGAAUGAUCGUCCAGGAUUCGAAUCGGAUCUCGAGAAAUAUUUGAAAACAGAUACUGCUGAUCGAGCUGCUAUUCAUGCUACCAUUCAGAAAAAUCGGAGUGGCCCCCAGCCAUACUUUCCUGAGGGAUUUGAAGUGUGCGAGUUUUUCCCCAAGAAAGGCUGGCAGGGGUACUACCUCAUUGUUGAUGGUCACAGGAUGUCCUUGAACACAAAGAGAAAUAUGACAGUGGUUUUUCGUUGCAGAUUUCAAGAAUCUGGUUGCACUGCGAGAUACAGAAUAACUAAUGGUUCAAUCGCGAAAGCCAACCAGCAUAAUCACAAAACCCUUAAGGGACAACAAAAGAAGUUGGAAAAAUCGAACAAGCACUACGAUUGCAUAUAUUGCAACGAGAAGUUUGACGACUUGGCUGAACGUAAAGCACACGUGCUUAAUGAACCACACUUUAAUGCCCCCUGGCCUAUGGACGAGGAGCUGUGUGUAUUUGCUGAUUUUACUGACCAGCCAGUUGACACCCCCGAGGAUGGGCCUGCUGAUAAACUCGAUUCUCCAGAGAGUGCUCAUAAACUCCUCCCCAACUGCGAUGAUGUAUCAACAAGACUCGCCAUUACUGCAAAAAACGAGAUGAUCAUAUUACGACCCAAUACAAAACGUCCUCCGAUAUACCCCAAAUCCCUGCCAUAUCCGUACAUCCCUAAAAACACACCACAGAAUAAAUGGAGACUGCGCAAAGAAGAUCUCGAACUGGCUCGCAGUCCUAGUUCCAUUGUGUCUGAAACUGACAGUAAUGAAGCCUCUGAAGAAGUUGUCCUGAAAAUCAAGAACUCAGUCAAUAAGAAGAGAGAUGUGAGCUCUGCUGAGUCGAUCCGUAAAUCUAGACGUCCUGUAAAGAGAGUCGAAAAUUACGCCAGAAAAAAUGAAGCCGAGAGACAGUUAAGGAUGAAGGGACUUGAAGAAACUGAUUCCGGGCGCUCUUCACCAGCUGCUAAAAAGACAGGUCAAACUGUGAACAAGAAGAAACAUAAUGAUAUUGUCGAAGAGGCAAACUCUGGGCGAUCAUCUGUUAAGAAGAAGAAUAAACAUAUGGAAGUUGAAGAAACUACAAAGUUGGACCAAGCUGCGAAGAAAAAGAAACAAAAGGACGAUGAAAUACGCUCAGUUCCACAACGAAUUGAGAACGUAAUUGAAGAGUACGAAGACAAGGUUGUGCUGCACUGCGACCUGUGUGAUGUGAAACUGAAUUCUCUGAAGCACAGAGCCGACCACAACCUAUCAGAGGGACAUCAGGAAAACAAGAAGCGGCUUAUUGAGGAGAACGCUCGCUGCAGAGCUUCGCUCACUUUUAAUAAACCCAUAUUCACGGAGGAGUUCUUGGUCUACAACAAGGCACUGGAAGCAGAACUACGAAGUCUGCGAAAAGGAGCAGUUGAACUGGAGGAGCAGAAUGCGGUGCUAUCAUCUCACAUUACAGAGCUAACUGACGUUGUGAAGGAGUUGAGAAACGCAAAGGCGAUCAUGCAGCGCCAGCACUCAACCCUAGACGUACACCUCAAAGACCUUAAAUCCGAACUGUCAAAGGUGUUCGCUAACGUUCUCUCAACUGAAGUUUCCUCUGAAAACUUCAACGAAACGUUUAACAAGCUCUCCGUGGCUAUAACCGGGAAGAAUGGGAACAAACGGGGCUACUCGGACGGGAUAACGACCAAGCUGAAAAGACACUUGAAGCAGGCCCGCAUUGAUUCGGUGGCGUUAUAGCAGUUAGAGAACCAGUGUCGAGCUCCGGACACCUAUUGUCGUAAACUUGGCAUGGACCCUGUGAGCUUAAAGUUACUGAAAAUAUUGUGACAUGAGCUGCACGUUAUUUGUAGAGCCGGGCCAGGGAUAUUUGUGGUGGCAGCGCAAAGAUUUCACAUUAUUGUUUGCAUUGUGUUCCUGGCCGGGCCAGGGUGGAUAUUUGUGGUGGCAGCGCAAAGAUUUCACUUUAUUGUUUGCAUCGUGUUCCUGGCCCUUUUUAGGAAUGGUUUUUAUUAGAGGAAAGGACUUAUUUUCAUUGAACCUAGGAUUUGAUUUUAAAACAAAAAAAACGUUGAACGAUCCAGUUACGUUGAUGAAUGUCUCCACGAAUGAUAGGUUUUUCAAACAUAUUAGUAAAAUAUUGUGUUCAUUUUGAAUAAAAUAUCUCCCAGUCCUAUUAAGACUGGAUUGUUUUAAGAAGUUUACUUAAUUUUCAUGUUGCUAUUUUUACAUAUAAUGUGGAACUGAUGCUGAGUUUUCUGCAUCAUACUGAUAUCAAUAUACCAUAUUAUCAAAUUUCUUAUGCUUCAGUUAGGGGAUAAUUUUUAUGCAAAUUAACUUAUUUCUAUUUCAAUAUUCAACCAGAAUCGUGAUUUCGAUACCGCAAGUUGUAGUACAACUGUUGUAAUGAAUCCAAUGUUCAAAUAAAAUCAAAUUGGCCGUUCACAUGAUCUGUGAAUUUUUAAUACACUUAACUAAUGCUUGUGGAUCAUCAUUUUCCACGAAUACCCAAGAAUCUUGUUUAUGCUAAUUGUUAUACUGUAUUGUUCGAACGAUGGAAAACUCAUGUUUAUGUUUUAGCUCUUCUUUAUAUUUGAUCAUGCCAUGAUGAAAAGUCGAUAUCAUUUGUAUUAUUUUUCCUGGAAUUUUAAAAUUUGUGGCCGAAUUUUCCUCUUGUCGGGUCUCCCAGAAACGAGCUAAUUUCACUAUAGAUCCUAAAUUGGGAUUCCUAAUGCAUAUUUCAUCUUACAAACACUGCUCUGCUUAAAUUGUCUUUAUUUUU